CUGAUUGUUCGUUUGCGGAACUAUAGCUUGUCGGUCGUCUCGUGUAACAAUUAGAUACAGUGUGUUGUUUUCCAUUCUGGAAAAGCACAGGGACACUUUUCGUUCCUGUUUACUUUGUAGUUUGUGAUGAUACGAGUAGGAACAGACCGGGUUGGGAAGAUAAUGGUGUGUAUUCAGCAUCGACGGAAAGGCUUGGCGCGGUUACCCGAACUGAAGAAAAUAAUAAAAAUGUAACCAAAUGUUGCUUUCGUAACGUAUUGUGUUUCAAACAGCAGAUAAUUAGAACUAUGCUGUACAAGUGAAAAUCAAUAUUGAAAUAUAAGUGAAUAAAAGUGGAAACAUGCUGAAUAUCGGAAAAAUAAGAAUUAAGUGCUAAAGAACAUAGUCUAAAGGUGAAACAAUUUCCAUUAACAACUUAGGGAUUGAAAAGUUACAGUGAAAACCGUGACAUUGGAGCACAGAAACCGUCCCGCGGCAGCUAGUACGUGGUACGCAACGGAUCUAUCACCACUUCCACAAUCACAGCGGAAACGUUCAUCACCCCGCAAUCGGAUACCGACCGAUCGACGUCGGUUCCCGCGCUACAGUAGUACCCGUGGCAAUGGCCACUAAGGUGGAUGGCCCCGGUGGUCCCCGGAAUAAUGGACACGAGAUGGCUCCACUGAACACACGGGCCCGAGGGGAUGGUACGCAUGGUGUUACCAUUAUGCUUUCCCCUCCGGAUCGGAGUUCGAUUGGAUCGCGGGAGGGAGCUGGUCUCCCGGAUGGAGAUCCCGAUCGGGCUGCCUGGUCGGGAAAGAUGCAAUUUUUCCUCAGUAUUAUCGGAUACUCCGUCGGGUUGGGUAACAUCUGGCGGUUUCCGUAUCUGUGCCAGCAGAAUGGAGGAGGCGCCUUCCUCAUUCCGUUCAUGAUCAUGCUUAUCCUGGAAGGAAUCCCACUGUUCCUAAUAGAAUUAGGAAUGGGCCAGCGGAUGCGGCUGGGAGCGCUGGGCGUGUGGAACACGAUCCAUCCCUGGCUGGGAGGCAUAGGUAUUUCCUCUUGCAUCGUGACGCUCUUCGUUGCGAUCUACUACAAUGUGAUUAUUACCUGGUGCUUCUACUACUUCUUCAAUAGCUUUCGGGUCACCCUACCGUGGUCAGAAUGUCCACAGCUCAACGGUACCGAUUUGCCGGAGUGUGAGCGCUCCUCGGAAACCGCAUACUUCUGGUACCGAACCACACUGGAUGCAUCGCCAAGCAUCGAACAGCCGGAGGGCUUCAAAUGGUGGAUCGUGCUGUGCCUGCUACUCUCCUGGACGGUAGUGUUCUUCAUCGUAAUGAAGGGUAUCCAAAGUUCGGGCAAGGUGGUCUAUUUCACCUCUCUCUUCCCGUACAUCGUGCUGACGAUCUUCUUUAUCAGAGGGAUCACGUUGAAAGGCGCCGGCGCCGGACUGAUGCACAUGUACACUCCGAAGGUGGAGAAAUUGCUGGAACCGACGGUGUGGCUGGACGCAGCCACUCAGGUGUUCUACUCGUUCGGACUGGCCUUCGGAUCGCUGAUAGCAUUCGGAAGCUACAAUACGCCAAAGAAUAACUGCGUCCGGGAUGUGAUUCUGGUAUCGGUGUGUAAUGCCGUAACGGCCAUCUAUGCCAGCGUUGUGAUAUUCGCUAUACUCGGCUACAAAGCGACGGUCGGCGUCGAUAGGUGUAUUACAGUCAAUAAGGGCAUCCUUGUGAAACACGGAGUACUUCCAUCAAUACACAUCGAUAAUGCGGAAUACGAACAAGCCAUGCACGGACUGGAUCCAGUGGCAACUGCGAAUUGGACUUUGGAACAUUGCAGUUUGGAAGAUCAGUUGGAUAGUGCCGCCGAAGGUACCGGACUCGCAUUCAUCGUCUUCACCCAGGCCAUCGUCCAACUGCCAGGUGCUCCGUUCUGGGCGGUUCUCUUCUUCACAAUGCUGCUAUCGCUCGGACUGGGGUCGCAAAUCGGUAUCCUGGAAGGAAUGCUGUGUACGAUAUUCGACAUCGAUAUCUUUAAGCGGAUUAGAAAACCGUACGUUACCGGCGUCGUGUGUGUGAUUUGUUUCUGCGUGGGAUUGAUUUUCACAACCGGAGCGGGCGAGUAUUGGCUCAAGAUGUUCGAUUCGUUCGCCGGAACGAUUGGAUUGGUAGUGGUGGCCCUCAUGGAGACUAUUGCGGUAAUCUACAUCUAUGGACAUAAAAAGUUCACGGAGGAUAUCUAUCAAAUGACUGGAAUUCGACCGGGUAUCUACUGGCAGAUGACCUGGAGGUACAUCGGACCAGUCAUCAUGUUCGGCAUUCUACUAUCCUCCAUACUGAGUAUGAUACUGAGGAAUCCAACCUAUGCGGCGUGGAAUGGUGAACUGGGUACCACUGAGAAUAAAUCCUACCCAGAUUGGGUGAUGGGCAUUGCACUGGCAAUGAUCUGUGCGUCUGUGCUUCCGAUGCCGCUGGUGUUCCUGCUGCGACGGUUCCAGAUCCUGAAGGUGGACCUCGACAUCCACCAGGGCUCGAUCCGUCGUAAUGAGACGACUGCCUCCACGAAGGAGAUGAUUGACGAGGAUGAUAUCGUCAGUCCAGACCUGCCUCCGCCACAGUCACUGGCGGCCACUCGUUUCACGAUCGGAGACUUCGAUGAUGAUGACGACGAUGAUUUCAGCGGGCCCGCGCUGGGUGGACCGGUGAACGUACGUAGUGACAGCGACGACGAGGACGAACCGCCAACCAUUGGCAAAAUGCUGGCGAAGCAUUCCGGCAAUUCGAGCACAGGGGGAAAUAAGAUUACCACCAACUCCACCAACGCUCAGCAAACAUUUCAUUUUAAAAAUCAGCACCACCUAACGGCCAACCCGUUGGCGGCCAGCCCGACACGGAAGAAACCGUUCAGCAUGGAAGUCGUGGAUUUCUAGGCAUAAUGCCGCAGCUUCGACUAUAAUGAGUUUCCAGCAGCGUGGAAUAAAAAAUAUGCAAAGCAAAAAGUACUUAGACAGCCAAGUUCAGCUAUUUCCUAGUUACAUGUUAGUUGCUAAUAAGUUUUUGUGUAUGUACAAAGUUAUACUUUUAUUUAAGAGAUUAUUAUGUUUUCAUUUAAUUUUGUCGUUUUUAACAAUUCGGUAGCAGUUGUUUGUAUAUAUCGUAUAAAUAUGAUACAUAGUUUAGUAUUGAGAUGAAAAACCAAACAACAAACCCUAUUCGACGUAACUUUAGAAUAAGUUAAACAAACCGACGUUAUUACUGUGCCAGAUGUAGCCAGAUACCGAUGACUCUGAACCGGCCAUCAAACUGGUUUUACUCUAAGAGAGUAUAUGAUUUUACAUUUAGUUACCGUAUCCACCCAGAUUAUCGCUGUAUUUCAUCGUUAUCGAUCGUCAAAAUUAGCCUCAAAGAAGAAAAUCUAUGAUUUUAACGACUUUAAACGAAAACAAUAAGCAACAAUUUGAUAUUAUUCAAAGCAUAUAAAAAGUAGUCUUGUACAACAGAAACAACAGCAAACAAGUAACAGGCUAGUUUAUUUUUAACGAAAGUUUCAUUAGUUAUACUGGAAGAGCAGCCCACUCGGUUUGAAUAUAUUGACUCGGUCGGAGUAUUUUAUUAAGUGAUAUAACUUAUAAGUAGCUAAUAGCGAACAAUUGAAUAAAAAAAAGAAACUACCGAGCAGCCAAUUUGAUGUUUAAGGUUACGAAAUGAAAAUCAAACGGGAGAGAACAAAAAGUAUUUCAGUAUUUAGUAUAGACAGGAAGCAACUUAUGACAGAAGCGAGCUGGAGUUAAAGGGAAAGAGAUUUUCAGUAACAAUAGAAAUGCAAAAAUAUCAAUAGCCAUCGUAGACUGUUCAUUUGAAUCGUAUUUGUCAAAAGUUUGGAGUUCAGUUCAAGAAUAUAACUGUAAAAAUUUGAAAUGAUUCUCAUUGAUUAACAGAAAUUGCUUGUCAAAUAACACUUAACAAAUUUCAAAUGCACAACUACAAGAACGAGCAAAACCAACAGUUGUACAUAAAGGUUCCUUCCUUAGUUAUGAAAUUGAAUUCUUUCGUUAUUACGAUACAAUUACUGACACAAGGAAAAGAUGGAAAACAAUAAAAAUUGUGAUCAAUACUAUACUUAAUGAGGAAAAAAUGAUUAGCGUGUAAGUUAAUGUUUUAAGAGUUACGAAAAAUCCCAGGAAAAAAAACAAGCAGAACAAGUAUAUAUAAUUGCACACUGAAGUGGAAGAAGAAAAAUAUCACUCCUCCAAGAGUACCUUAAAAGAAGAAGGGAAAAAUACAUAAAACUAUGCCCUAUUAUUACUAUGUAGUACCAUAAGCGGUACGCAUGAAGAUAAAGUAUUACACUCAUUCUCACAUACACACAAGUAAUAUAUUCAUACAGAGUUUCUCGAAAUAGCUUCUAUGAUGCAGCUUGACUCCAGUUACGGUCAAUUUCUUCACUUGAAAAAAAGCAAAAACUGAUUUUUACACAACUAGUUUUGUUCUACACGAGAGACGCCCCUACAAAUAACGAUAGCUGAACAAGCCUUUGAUCCGAGAGAAUAAGCUGCCAAUAUACAGCUAAAUUGUUUGUUGGGACUUUACGCGCAGUCUAGCGAAAAAAGGUGCAGCUAAACAAGCACGAGGGAAGCCCAUGUAAAGCUUAUGCUCUCUUUUGUGAUUCCAGGGUGCAUUUAUGGUUGCUAGUUUUACUGUUUUUGUUUCCGCAAGUUUGCGUGUAAAAAUCAGCACCCUGGCAACCCUAUACCAUCAUCUUGUGGGAUGAUUUAAUAUCAUAUCAUUCAGAAAAUCGAUAUGUUGCAACAAAAUACAGCUUCUAAUCAUUCGGUUCAAAAUCUCGACAAACACAUGAUUACGGCCUAAAAGCCAACUGUCAAAAUCCACUUUGAAUGGAAAUUCCAGACAAACCGUUACUAGUCGAACACAGUUCAAACAGUUUAUGAAAGAGAAAACUUUUAUCUUUCGUUAACUACCAACAUCUGUGAUUGGCGUGUAACGGUUUGUCCGGAAUUUCCAUUCAAAGUGGAUUGUGACAGUUGGCUUUUAGGCCGUAAUCAUAUGUUUGUCGAGAAAUCAUUGUUUUGGCUUUCAUGGCAGUGAUGCUGGCUGUACAGAGACGUCGUCCUUGACAGGGGGUGGUAAAAAUCCUGUCGCAGAGAUGCCAGGUUAUUUUUCUAAUCUGUUUACCUGACAUCCCUGGUCUGUAGUGUAAACUCAAGACGGAUACAGGUGUGCACAUUUUUUUUUUCUAUGUGUGAGUGCGGUUGUUAUUUUUCUUCGAUGAAGCCGAAAAAAAACAAGAGGAUAUGAAGGCCUUUCCGUUGCCAUAAGUUUUGUUUUGGCUCGGUCAUAAUUACUUUAAUCGGUAUUUUCGAGGUAACGAGGGGACACUUUACCUUGAAUCUGUGGAUCCGUGGUAAAGCUCGGCCUUUUCUCACUUUCCAUCGUGCGCCAAAGAAUCAGGUUGCUCGUUCGGAUGUUUAUGUUUACUUCAAGUACCCCGGACGCCAUGCUUAAUUUAGAAAGUAUAAAACUAAUACACUCAAAAGCGUCAAAUGUUCUCGCCUUUCGUUCUCUUCAUCUUGGUGUAAACUGGAAUCUGUGUAUUGUAGAGAGGAAUGUGCAACACUGUAUAAAAUGAUGACAACUUUUUUAUUUCCACAGUUUUUGCUGUAACUUUGAGCGGCUUUAACCGAGUUACACAAUAAAUUCAUGUGGAUUAAAUUAAAAAAAUACUGUUUAGCGGCUUACAGUACUUUAUGUAAUUUAUUGUAUCUUGUCUCAAAAGAGUAUAAUAAAAUGAAUAUAGUGUCUUGUUUAGUCGAUUCAAAUAUUUUGCCAGAAUAUUAUUUCUAUCAACACUACCCAAGCAACAUAUUAUGUUGUGAAAAAAUGUUUACAACUAAUAAUAAAACCAAAUCAGGUGUAAUAAUCCAACUACAGUGUACAUAUUUUCUACAGUUUCAUCGCCAAAAACGCUCCAAAGCGGAGUCUAUUUGCACCAAGUCAUGAGAACGUACGCUGUUUUUUGCUAAUUAAUUUAACCACCUAGUUUUAAAUCGAGUUCAAUUAUUUUUUGAAAAUUUUCGGUGUAGGAAUAAUACGAUGUUAUUUUGGAAAGCUAAUAUUGUACAUUUGAAAGCAAAUAUUUUGCUCUUCUGUACUUAAAUUUCACCGGCGCGUCUAGAUUCACAGGAAAGUUUUCAAUUUUGCGAUUAUAUAUUCAACGCACCCUCAAAUAAAAUCAGAAAUGAAUUACGCUAUAUAAUUAUAUAGAGCACUCCAGGCAAAUGACGCAAUUUUCGAUUACGCCUAACAAUAUGCAAUUGGAAUAUAGCGCAACAAUUUAUGAAAGCAUCAUGGCCACCUUCUCAUUGUGACUUAUUCGUUUGUAGAAGAAACACAACGAAUAAAGAUGCAUCGUUGACGCCUUCUCGUUAUUACAAUUUUUUGUUAAAGUGACGGCAAGUAUUUCACAAAUUUGCAGGUAUUUUGUUCUUUAUAUGAUACUUAUUGCAAACAGUGACAGCUGAUAUCCACUAUAAUAUUGAGUUACUUUCAACUAGCAGUUAUCAAACCUAAUAAAUCCACCUGCUAGGGCUGUGUACCAUUUGGUGAAAUUUUUAACUUUUGGUUAAAAUCUGACACUUCGAAAGUUAUUUGCAAAAUAACCCUACUCUGGAGCAUGGUCAAAAUUGACAGAGCGAUAGUAAAAUUUGACAGCUCGAUAGCUGAAAUGUUGCGCAUGGUGCAGAAUAAAAAGGUGAAAACAUUUUCUGUACCUUAUAUACUGCCCAUGAUCGCAUAUUUGUCCCAUUUUCUAUGGGAUUUCCUAUCUUUAUGGGACUGAUAUGCGAUCAUGGGCAGUAUAAGUUGUCAAUGUUUUUCAAAACAAAAUGAAGGGAUAAAGAUGGAAUCGAUAGCGUGUUGUGUCAAGAUUUGUUUGGGUUAUUUCAUGAUAUUUCGAGGCUAUGUCUGUCAUACUUAAUGUAAUAAGGAAAAAAACUGAUUUUAAAAUAUCGACAAAUGUUCAUACCUCUACCAACAUGUGGUCAUCACAGCUGUCCAGAGAUGCCAGAUUUGCAGACAUGUCUGCAAAUUCGCAGACUUUUUAAUUUAGCUGCAGAUUUUUUCGAUGACGCAGAUAUUUGCAGAUUUUUUAGUUUCAUUGCAGAUAUUUACAGAUUUUUGAAUAUAAAGGCUUUUGGUUACACUAGCUUUCCUAACACUUUUUGUUCUUCCCAGACUUAAAUUAUCAUUGCAGACAUUUGAAAAAAGUAUCUGGCAUCUCUGCAGCUGUCAAUUCUAAAUAACUAUCCAAAUGUUAACUUUAGAAGUGGUUCGCUCUCUCGGAUAAAUUUUACUAUUCGAGAGAAACUAACUUUCGAACUGUGAAAUUUUAACUAAAAGUUAAAAAAAUCGCCAAAUCGUUCACAGCCUAAGUAUCGUUUAGAGUCGGUGUGGUAAAAUAGGAAAUAUUUCUUUCAAUCAACAAAACCAUAUUUUAUGAUUCGAUUAGCAGCAACAAACUUGUUUGUGGUCUAUUAGUAAUAAAUCAUGAUCAAUACUUUUUUUGUAUGUUGUCCGAAAAAAAAUGUUUGUUUACUUUGCACGAUGGAACAUUGCAAUCUGACGUCAUCUAAGUAAAAAUGCUCGAAAAAAUGACAGUUCGGCGAGCUUGUUUACAUGUUGUUAGAAUUUAAAAGCAAUUCGAACCAAGUUUCUUGUACUGGUAAGAAUUGAAUAAUUUCUAAGUCCAAGUAAACAAGCUUUCUCAACUGUCAGAAAAGUGAAGUUAUGCAUUUUUAUGCCAUGUUCUAUAGGUAGCUUUGGCUUCACUGUCGGCGCCCUUUAAACAUAAACAACGACUUUGGUGUAAAACAAGUGAUUUUCACCGGAAACCGAUUUCCGACCAAGUGAAUAAAUUGACCGUUAGUGUGCUGGGGAAAAUGCUCAUCCCACUGUAGCUAUCCUUAUUGCUAGACCAGGAUCAUAUUACAAUCAGACAUUUUCGAUGGAAAGAAAAAAAUGAUGUCAAGAAUGUCCUAAACUUGCACAUCAUCCACCACAGGAAGCUAUUGCCCUAGGAAUUCCGACCGGAAUUUAUCUUACAUUCACAAUUUAUCUUUGGGAUAAACCGAUCGACAAGAAAUGAAAUUGGAUGCGUGUUUUUGUCAUCACGUAACAGAUUUAAAACAACAUUCGGGAAAAAAUUAAAAUAAAGAUCAUCGGAACUGACUUCUGACCUUUUAUCGUAAAUGAUCUUUUGUAUUUUUUCCAAUCACACUUCUAGAAACAUUCAGUGAAUAUAGAUAUUUACUGUUCGUUUUCCCCUUAUUUUUUUAAACUGACAUAAAAGGGAAUUCCACCAGUUUUUACAAUAAACACUCUCGUGUUCCUAAAUUUAAAAUAAUCUUGAGGACGGGCAUAGCGUAGUUGGUAAAUCGAUUGCCUUGUACGCAGCUCACCUGGGUUCGAUUUCCAACCCUGCACAUAGGGUUAGAAAUUUUUCUAACCCGAAAAGAGGCGAAUGACCAUAAGGUUAAAACCUCUAUAAUCCAAUUUAAAAAAAAAUAUUCUUGAAACUUCAAGCAAAGAAAACUUGAAAGUAUUGUUCAUGUAGAAAAAUGUAAGAUAUUCGGAAGCUUUCAUUGAGGGUGAAGAAAUGGACUGGAACCGGAAAGAUUGAAAUGCACAAAGAAUAUGAUCUAAGGUCUAAAAAUGUGUUAUGGAACCCAUUCCUUUUCCCUUGAUUUAAUCAGAUUAAAAAGUUGAUUGUGUUGUUGGUUAAACUGACACACAUUUGUGUUUAAAACUAUACACUUAAAAGCAAUUUCUGUUCCAAAAAAUUAAUCGAAUUUGACACUAUGCUCGGAAUCCACGGGCUUGCGUUAAAUUCUUUGUGUGCGAUUCUAUUAAAAAGUAUGCAAUGUUGACGAAAAGGUUAUGAUUGUAAGGGCACAUAAACAAUAGUUAUACGUUAAAGGUAAAAACAAACCUUCCAUUUUUUAUGUUUCUGUUGUUCAUUGGUUUGCUAAAAGUUGGCACCAUCUCAUACUACAAAUGCUCGAAACAGUACUGUUACCCAAGUGAAAGCAAUUCAACCCACAACCGAUAAAUGCAAACUAAAAAAGAAUCACUCCAAAGUAAUCAGGCAAAACUCAAAUAACACUAAGAUAACCAAACCAGAUUUAAUAUAGAAAUAGAUAGCAAGAACUAAUUCCAUACGUCAAUUGCUUCGAUACAGAGUUUUAAACGCAAUAAAAUUGUUGUGGAUAACCGGCUCAGCAUUUACAGAAAAAAACGUUCAUGUUCCGAACCUAAAUCAUUGUUCCUGAUUUACAAGAAAUUAUUUCCCCAGUGUCCUUACAAAGCUUUGGUUGAACCUUUACAAAAUUGUGGAAUACUUGGACAACACGGUAAGAAAAAAAUCCUGAAAUCGAAACAAAAUUAGAGAAAAUAAAACAUAAGCUUAAAAAAGGAACUUACUGUGGCUUAGGAGAAUUUUUGAAAAAUUACAAAUUUUGCCUUCGGGUGAAAAGUAAAAAUGUUAUUAUAUAAUAGCACCUUAGAGGCUUGAAACUGAGUUUCCUGAAAUUUGACUUGUUUUUUCUCUAGAGAAAAUAUAGUAUGGCGUGAUUUAGAAAACGUGUGUAAAAUUUGGAGCCAAAAAAAGUAUGCUACUGUAAAAUCUACCCAUCAUAACAUAAGCACGUAACCAGCUCAUUAGGAAAAAAAACCAAAUCAAAACAAUCGUUUAGGGCUAAACCCAGCAAAGCUUACCAUGUUGACGAUCUUUGAUGAAUCUUAAACUAGUCUAGUAGUCUAUUUGAAAAAAAGCAACUUUAUCUGAAAGAUAAUGCUAGAUUUAAUGACCUGGUUUCGUAAAGCAAAGAGCACACACAAUAUUACAUUGUUAUACUAGACCCUUUUAUGUUCCUCUAAAACUAAUCAAUUUUUUUGUUCAAAAUUGAAUUAUUAUAAAUCAUUUUCAACCGUACAUAAACCCUAGCAGCAUGUUUACUCAAAUCAAGCAGUUUCAACUGCUAUGCCGCUAAGUUUAGCUGUAUGGUGGUUGUAAAACAAUACUUCACAAUAGCAAAACUGUUGCCAAGGAGUCAGCAGCCAUACACAACGUAAUUAGAGCUAAACUGACAAGGUUUUCUGCAAACAGAUGCUGUAAUUGUUCUUACUACGUUUAGACUAAUUGCAAAUAACUAUAGUUGCAAUGUAAAUUGCGAUUGCCAGCAGAUGGAAUGGACGCGAUGGAAAUGUAAACAAAAGAAAUAUAAUACAUACUAAGGGAUUAAUUCAAAUUGACAACUGAGAAAUAUAGAUUGUUAAGGAGAAGAAACAA